UAAUGGCCCUAACCAACGGAAUUAUAACAGGAGCCGGAACGAGCGGAGCUAUUAUAAUAACAACCGUAAUAAACAGAAUUAUGAUAGGAGCCAGAACCAGCAGAGCUAUUAUAACAAGAGUUAUAAACAACGGAGCUACGUUAAUAGCUAUGCUACAGGCCGCGAUGAACGCAUAGGCCGCCGUCCCCAGCGCUAUCAGGAACCAACACAGGAACACCGUGGGCCGCCUGUCACUGACAGGAAGACCUACGCGCAGGCCACGAGAGACGGUUAUGACCAGGCGCCACGGCAACACUACGACCAGAGCCGUUCCCGGGACAGGCAGCGGGCACACGCGGCCCUGCAAGGUCAAGCACCCCGUGAACACAACCGGAACACAUCGCCUCGGUCGCAAAACAGAGGUGAGCGGCGGAGAUACGAGGAAGACGCGAGACGUAAUGGCAGGGAAGACGACGGACCCCGGCCACGACAUUCACCAGAGAGGAACGGAGAUCGCAGACAUCCGGAAUUUCCGAGGUACUUUGAACACAACACAGACUUUGAUAAUAACAGGAGAGACGGAGGAAGAGCGGAAAUACCGAGGGUCCGUGAACGUGACACCCGUGUGGAGGAACGCAGACGAACAGAGGAGGACAGGUCAGAUGACCCUGACUUCAGGCAGAAAUGUCAGGUGGGCUACAGGAUCAUAAAGGCAAGCCACCACUACACCAACGUCACGGCAAGUAGACCUCCCAUUACAAUUCAUAAAAUGGGACUCCAUUUAGAGACACUAAUAAAACCAGCUGUCCCAAAUGAUCACACUCAGGGACUUAUAGGGAGAAAUGCACAAGAGUGGGUCAAAAAGACCAUCAAUAUUCUGCAAGAGCAUUACGAGGACGUGAUUGAACACGAGAUCACCAGACUAUUAGGAUUCCCUGAUGAAGAAUGGAGGGCUCCGCUGGAGGUGGCGGCCAACUGGGCCAGAAGGAACAUUAAGAGACUGCUAACAGGGACCAUUCCUGGAGUGGUGAACGUCAUCGAGACCCGUAUAGAGGUGGAGAACCAUCCAAGCAGAUCCACAGAGCGGAGACCGGAGCAGACCCCCAUCCCAGCGGGUGCUCCCGGUUCUCCUCCUCCUUUUUCUGCUUUUCCUCCUCUUCCUCCUCCUUCUCCUCCCCCUCCUCCUCCUCCUCUCCCACAGAGACUACGGGCUCCAGCAGUGGCCCAGCAGAGGACUCCACAGGAGAGUCGACCCAGCUUCAUCCCUCCCCCAGAGUCUCAGCUGAGGACCCUCGGGCACCCGGAGACCACAACAGCCCUGGUGCAUGAACAGCAGGGACGGGAGCAGGUCCCGGACCUGCAGGUCCUGGAACUGGAGACAUCGAGUGAUGAGGAGCUGGUGGAGGAGAGUCCGCAGAGUCUGGAGACAUCCCCCAUCAUCCCGCCUCUAGGGCCAACACCGCCCCCAGGGAGAUCAGGCCUACACCACUGCCCCAGAGAGUUACACGCAGCAACAGAUGUGCACAGCUCUACUCCGGCAGCAUUGUGGAGGCCUCUCAGGGGCAAAGGACCACAUUGGGUGGGGACCUGAGACUGAAGGCGCCCGAGAGAGACCCUCUAAAAACACUCAAUGAGUUUAACUUAGCCCCUAAGAAAGGGGGCCUUCAUAGAAUAAUGGUCCAGAGCACGCUACACCGUAAUGUGUUGUUGCCACAAGUCUCCCCUGCGAACACAGGUCCGUUCCCUCCCAGGAGACACCACAACGACGCCGGCCAGCCGAGGGACCUGCAACUGAGUGGGAACAAAGAGUGGCUGAUCAUGGGAGACUCCAACAUCGCUAGGCUCCCGGCUCACAGAAUGCUGAAUCUACAGAUGGACGCGUUUCCAGGGGCGACAUUCCAGACGGCGGAGACCAUCCUCCGGGAGACCCAGACUACGGACGUAGUAAAAAAGGUUAUUUUAUCAUUUGGACUCAACGAUAAGGCCCUCAGGUCCAUGGAGACAACGACGGAACAGCUACUCAACAUGCUGGUGAGAGCUAAAGAAGCAUUCCCGAAGGCACAGAUCUUCAUCCCACAGGUGAACUUUUCACGGGCUCUCCCCACGAAGGAGAAGCUGAGGUUGGCCCAAAUUAACAAGUUUAUUAAAUCACUGAGAGAGUGCUUGCCCAUGCUUGAUGAGUCGGAGUUUAAGACAGAUUCAGAUGAUCUGCACUGGUCUAGGGAGACAGCAGCGAAAUUGAUGGAACACUGGAUCCGUCAUUUAAAUUAGAAGUCCCCGCGAACUCACUACAGGCGGGGUCUAAAAUGAUAAUUAACCUCACUAAAAAGUACAUACUGACAGCGGACCAGACCACAAUACUUAUUAAGGGAUUGAACUUUAUUCCUACAGUUUCCACCAACAGGGAAAUUCUAGAGCAGGCACAAUUCGACCUGCAACAAUAUCACCGGCGGCUUAAAAUAGCAACACAUUAUGAACAUGCCCCUGAAAAAGAACAAUUGCCUUUCCUUUAUAAGUCCGCUUGGGCUCCCCCGUUGGCAAGCAUGCCAGGGGAAAUCCAAAAUUUAAUUAAGGCGGAUAUGCACACCUUCAAAACCCAGUUUAAAACACAUAUUGUGCCCUCUAAUAUCACCACGAGUGAAAAAGUAGCGUUAGAGCAACUUAAGAAUAAUAAGGAAAUUAUUAUUAAACCAGCAGACAAGGGCAGUGCGAUCGUGGUGAUGGAUCGAGAACAGUAUCUGUGGGAGGGCUAUAGACAAUUGAAUGAUAAAAAAUAUUACACUAAGUUAAGUAAACCCAUCUAUUUGGAUACAGUGCCUUCAGUACACAAGAUUAUAGAAUCACUAUACGUCAAAAAAUUUAUUAACGCUAAGCAGAAGGCAUAUUUAAGGGGCAAUUCGGUCCCCAGAGCUAGACUCUUUUACAUGUUACCCAAAAUCCAUAAGGAACCAGCAAAAUGGAGUAAACCAUAUGAAAUCCCUCCAGGAAGGCCCAUAGUCUCUGAUUGUAGCAGUGAGACGUAUCACACAGCCGAAUACAUAG